CAGCCCUUGUUUUCCCCUCCAUCAGGAUUUCUCCUUCCCAAAGCUUGGGCGGAUGGAGGAGGAGGCUGCGAGGAAGAGGAAGAUGCCUUGGGCCCCCCAGGCAGGCCCCGAGCUGAGGACGGAGAGCCCGGAGGACAAAUCCCCCCGGCAGAGCCUGGUGGGAGAGGUCGUUUUGAAGGGCUCCCCGGUGCAGGAAGGCAGCGGGGAGGAAAAGGGCCGGAGAUCCCCCCGCAGGAGGGGCUCCAAAGCCAUCCCAGGGUGCUCUGAGGAGGAAAGAGCCAGCCUGUGCCGGGAAGGCGGCCGGAGCUUGAGGGGGAGCUCUGACCUGGUGGUCCCUGAGCAGCCUCCCAGCAGGGAGAAGCCCUUCAGGUGCUUAGAGUGUGGGAAGAGCUUCAGGAACAGCUCCAACCUUCUCACCCACCAUCACAUUCACACCGGGGAACAGCCCUACACGUGUGGGGAAUGUGGGAAGAGCUUCAGGAACAGCUCCACUCUCCUCACCCACCAGCGCAUCCACACCGGGGAACGGCCCUACACAUGUAGGGAAUGUGGGAAGAGAUUCAGGAACAACUCCAACCUGAUCCAACACCAGCACAUCCACACUGGGGAACGGCCCUACACAUGUUGGGAAUGUGGGAAGAGCUUUCGGCAGAUCUCCCACCUUCUCAAGCACCAGCACAUACACACUGGGGAACGGCCCUACAGGUGCUUGGAGUGUGGGAAGAUGUUUCAGACCAGCUCAGAUCUCCUCCUGCACCACCGGACACACACGGAUGAGAUGCCCUUCCGCUGCACCGACUGCGGGAAGGGCUUCCGGCAGAACUCCCACCUUGUCAGGCACCGACGCAUCCACAGCGGGGAGAGGCCCUAUAAGUGUGGAGAGUGUGGGAAGAGCUUCACCCAGAGCGGUAACUUGACCACACACCAACGGACCCACCGGUAAGGGAAGCCCUCGAGUGCCCCAACUGCAGGAAGAGCUUCGACCGCUGCUUCCACCCCGAAUGAAGCCCCUGAUGGGGAGGCAACCCCUGGAGUCCAGUGACUGUCAGUCCAUCCCUUUCGACCACAAAGGGCCAGUCCCCUUUCCCUGGGGCAGCUUCUUCCAACAGAACCCUUCUGGAGGGGGUGUGGAGAUUCCUGCCUUGGCUGGGGACCCCCCAAGGUCACUGCUGGAGGUUGAGAGCAGAGAUCUCCCCAUCAGCAUUGGUCUGGGGGAGUUCCAUCCAUCUCUAAUUAAGAAUUAUUGCUUUUGUGCCAGCUUUAGUAGAAUUGCUUCAACCAUUGCUUUAGUGUAGACACUUCAGUGUCUUAUCCUGUACUCCUGGUAGCUUUAGUGUGUAUAUUGUGUAUAAUUCUGUUGAAGACGUUUUGUCUGAUCAUUUGCAACCUUAAAUAAUUCAUUUCUAUCAACAGAUCUGAUUUGCCAUCAUUAAGACCUGGGGGACAAAAGUGGUUCAGUCACAGCUCUGUAAUUCCUCUAAACUGAAAGUGUUGGCAUAAUCCAAGGCUGAGAUUGGAUCCAGCAGCCCCCAGCACCCCACAGGAAGUUGGAAGCUCAGGGGCCACCUCCCUUUCCCAGCUCCCCUGUGCCCAAAGACCCCCAUGGGACCGUGGGACCUGCCAGACCACCCCCCCUUUUCCACCCUUGUCCCUGUUUCUCCCACUUUCCCAUGGUCCCCUCAAUCCCCAGUGUCCUCCCUGAACAGUUUUUGGGUCCCAACCUGCCGAUGCCUAAAAUCUAUUCUGGCACAGUUUUAAACUUUUAUACUGUUGUUGGCUAUUUAAUAUUUCUAAAUAUUAUAUCUAAUCUUUCAUAAGUGGAGUUAA